AUGCCCCGACUUUUCACACUUUUUGCCCACCUACUAUUCUUCUGGCUCGGAGUUGGGGUGAAUUCGGCUCUCUUCAAAACGAAGGAAAUCGAGAUUGAUGGGAAAGUGGGGGAUUCCUAUGUGAUUUCGGCAAAUGCGGAGGAUUUGUUUCAAAGUCUGGAGGUGAAUCUGGUGUGCAGUCUGCUCGGCAAGGCCGUAUUUUCCGCCAAAAUCGACUCCUGUCUGCCGGAGAUUGAUGUGGACGAGUGGUGGCAUUUCCACUACAGCUGUGAUUUGACGGUCACUUCCGAUGAUUGGGAUGGUACAGCCAGCAAACGAAACGUUCUCCACGCCGAUCCGUAUUUCCCCUAUCGACGCCAAUUCCUCAUUUCUGUCGGAAUCGAGGAAAACAAAUACGUACUUUGGAGUGGAGACAAGAGAAAGCCAUGGAAUCGAGAUAUCUUUCAGCGAUAUUCGAUUAGGGCUGAGCUAUCUGCCCAACAGGGAGCAUGUAUUCCUGAUAGAUUGGUCAUUCGAGGCACGGUAUGGCGUGUACAGUACACUUACGUACCCGGACCAGAGACUACAACAACUACCACGACUACUAUGGUACCAGAGACUACCACGACGCCGGUAGAUGAAACGACGACACGAGAUGGCGGUGGCAUUGUCGAAUCGAUAAUCAAACAAGCCGUCCUCAAUUCCGGUCUAUUCCAAACCAAAUCCACAAUUCCGAGUAUUACUGCUGACGCUAAUACUGGGGAAGAGACGACAUCUAUACCUAUCGAAUCCCCUGGGAGUAACAGUGCCGAAAAUAUGGACAUAAUGGUGUCUCCGGAGCCGAAUCCUUUCAAUGAACCACCUGAAACCCCUCUAAUUACGAGCCAGGAUGCGGCCGUAAUUUCACAAUCAUCAACCGAACAACCUGACCAGGAUACGGGUGCCCAAAUGGUGACCGAGACGGCAGGGCUGGUAUUGCCGCCGGUGUCGAGUACGGAUGCACCAAAUGACGAGGUGGUGUCUGUGGCUUCUGAUGCCCCAACUACCGUACUUUCGGUUGGGGAAGGAGAGGAUAGCGAACCCUCAAAAUCCGAUACCGAAGGCUCGGCAAAUGGAGCUGAAGAAAACACGUCAGUUUCGCGAUUGAGAAAUUUU